AUGGGUGACACGGCGGAGAUCAAUGAGCUCUUCGCUCCUGCGGCCCCCGAUGGCCUCCCGAAAGAUAUUCUCACCGAGCUACAGUCCAUCCUCCGCGUCCACUCGAUCGCCCCACAGGAACUAUUCUACAAAUGGGAGUCCUACUGUUUGAAGAUGGGGGAGGAGACGAAGAUGGAUCUCGAGACGGUGCGCCUCUUCAAGCGAGAUGUUCAGGACGGUCUCGAGCGCGAGACUCGCGGCCGCGGAGGGCGACAGACGGCCGAGAAGAAGCUCCCGCAGACAGCGACCCCGCGAGCCGCUACCACGUCCGAUGUGUUCGGCAUGCUCGACGGUCUGACCCCCGGAGCAGCGCAUGGUCGGACACCUAACAGCGCCAAUGUUGCCAAACGGAAGGCGGACUUUUCGUCCCCCACGGCACCGAAAUUGGGCAGGAUGAAUGGUCUGGAGUCGCCUGGUGCGAAAACCCCGAGUAAACUGGCCAACGGUAGUAGUAUUAGCUCGGCGGACACCCAGUCGAUUCCCUUCGCGGACCGCCCUAACCCCGGCCAAACCGUCGAGACCCUCAACUCCCACCUGCCACCCCCCGAACCCCCGCUGGCGCCAUACUCGGAAUCACGAAUCAAACCCACCGCCAACACGGACCUGAAGAAGUUUGCGUACAAGCCCAUGGCCAUGCGCCUCGCCGAGGUGUCCGAGAUCCUCGACGACCGGAUCGACGAGUUCACGGCGCUGUUCGAGAAGCACUACGCCUCCGAGGACAUCACGAUCGGCAGCGCAGGCACGCAGAGCACCAGUGAGAUCGUCGCGAUCGGGCGCGUCGCCUCCGACACCAUGGAGGGCAAACUCAACCCGGCGUCGCUGGUGCUGGAAACGUCGCGACGCACGGGGGCGGGCCUCCGCGUGCCGCUCAACGUGGACUCUAUCCCGUCAGCCAACUUCUUCCCGGGCCAGAUCGUCGCCCUCCGUGGCAUCAACGCGUCCGGGAACUACUUCUCCGUCAAGGAGGUCCUCCCCACGCCGUUACUGCCGCCCGCCGCCUCCUCGACGGUGACCAUCGACAACGUCAACGAGCGACUCGAAGCAACCGGCGGAUCGUCCCCGCUGAACGUGCUCGUCGCGACAGGGCCCUACACGGCAGACGACAACCUCGCCUUCGAACCGUUAAACGAGCUGUGCAAGAACGCCGCGGACAGCGGGGCGGACGCACUCGUGCUGCUGGGCCCGUUCCUGGACAUCGAGCACCCACACGUCGCCGCAGGGGACUUUGACUUUCUCGAUGGCACGCCGGGCUUCGACCCAGACACGGCCACCCUCGCAACGGUAUUCCGCCACUGCGUGACCGCGCCGCUCCAACGACUCGCCGCGGCGGUCCCCAACGUGACAAUCAUGAUGGUCCCCUCCGUGCGCGACGCUGUCAGCCGACACGUAUCAUGGCCACAAGAGCAGCUCGGCAAGAAAGAGCUAGGCCUGCCCAAACAAGUCCGCAUGGUGUCCAACCCGGUAACACUAUCCCUCAACGAAACGGUCGUCGGAAUAAGCGCGCACGACGUGCUCUCCGACCUGCGCCGCGAGGAGGUGCUACACGGCCGCCCCGCCGAGGGCAACCUGCUGUCGCGGCUAUCCAAGUACCUGAUCGAGCAGCGACACUUCCAGCCGGUCUUCCCGCCGACGUCGCAGCCCAGCCUGUCGGGGACGGGCGCCAUGCUCGACGCCAGCUACAUGAAGCUGGGCGAGUGGUGGAAUGUGCGGCCGGACGUGCUGAUCGUGCCGAGCGCGCUGCCGCCGUUCGUCAAGGUCGUGGAUAGCGUGCUGGUCAUCAACCCGGGGACGCUGUCCAAGCGCCGCGCGCCGGGGACGUACGCGCAGCUGGCGAUCCAUCCGCGCGAGCUGGCGGAGGACGAGCGCGAACAGAAGCAUGUCAGUCACAAAUUGUGGGAGCGGGGGCGGGUUGAUAUCAAACGGAUAUAA